CGUGACUUGAAUGCGCGCCAAAACGAAGCAAAACCGAGGCGGUGGCACUUGCUUUCAAACUGGUGUGAACGAAAAGGACAGUAGAAAGGACAGUAUCGUCUCCGGGAUUCCGUCCCACGUAUUGCCUCUCACAUUGCAGAGAUUUUCCGUCGGCGUGACCGCAUUGCAGUAGAUGGCAGCAGACGACACACGCCCGUUUUGUUCGAGAGACGAGCUAUACUCACCCCCUCCACCACCACAGCACCCGUCAGGUUUCGUUUGAUUCACUGACAAUUAUAUGUUUUGAUUUCUUCUACCCGAUAAAAAGGCAUAUUUUGGCACUAUCAUGGCUAGUCUGGAAAGUGAAGAGACGUUUGAGGACUAUUGGAAGCAAGUGUGCCGCUUAUUUCCUAUACUUUGUCAUGAGAAUCGAGAACAACUUAAGUCAGAAUGCCCUGUAGAUGAACUCGGGAUAAUGCAGUCAAUAGUCAAUCAAGGUCAAGAUGAGUUUGUGGAACAAUUAGUUAUAAAUGAGAUUGAAACUAAGCUACGUAGAGACGUUGUUCCUGCCUUUUGGCAACAUUUUACCAUAGAGGAGUCAAGAUGUAGCAGUUCAGACGCUUUCAAAGAAGCAGUGGACUCUUUGUUUGAUUCUCUAACUUCAAUAGUUCCUGUUCUUCGUACCUUAGUAUUUUUACGCCAAACAGCACAAUCUGAGCGUUUACUUUUUGGACAUUCAUCCCUCAUGGAAAGUUUCAAAGUGAUGGUUCGAUCUUCUCUUCACUCCCAGCUUCCCCUCAAUUAUCAGGCCGUCACUGAAGAUUUUUACAGAAUAUCUUUCAAAGUGUUCUGUAACUCAGAGAGUAAAGACAGUGAUCAAAAUGAAUCAACAGAAGAUAUUUUACAAUGUGCUGGUUGUAAUCAAGAAGUAGAUCUGUGUCAAUGUCAAGCAAUCAUUAAAGCAUUUCAUGAAACUAAUGGGAAACUUCAAGAGUUGGAUCUCCUAGAGCGUUUGGCUGGAGACGUCCUCACAACCCUGAUACACAAGAGAAUUGAAAGCCAUGUUCAAGAAACAUGCACAGGAAGCUUUGAUGUGUCCCAUAUUGGUUCUUUAGAAGUGUGGCUGGAUACUGUAGUUAUGGGUUGGCUGAGCCGCAUUUACAGCUCUGGCUCUCUUGGGUUCCAAGAGUCGGAGAAUAAAGCCUGUGUGUCCUCCUCAGAAACACUUUCCAAAAUGAAGCAGACAUUGCGCCAUUUUCUCUAUGAAACAUACACCAGAACUAGAAUUGACCAACUUUUUAAUAUAAUUAUAGAGUACCCUGAUUCUGAACCUGCUGUAGAAGAUCUACGAAUAUGUUUACAGAAGACAGAUAUGCGCAAACAUUUAACUCAAAAACUUCAGAGAGCUUUAGAAACCAGGCUCCUACACCCUGGUGUUAAUACCCCUGAUAUACUUACUGCAUAUGUUGCUGCUAUUAGAGCAUUACGCACUCUAGAUCCAUCAGGAGUUCUUCUGGAUACUGUCACUCAGCCUGUUAGACAAUACUUACGCUGGCGUGAUGACACUGUCCGUUGUGUAGUUACCAGUCUGACAGAGGAUGGCCCAAGUGACUUGGCAGAAGAGCUUUCCCGUGGAGAAGCUCUCCAACUAGAUGACCUAACACCAUCAGAGGAAGAUACAAAGAAUUGGGAAAGUUGGAAUCCUGAUCCAGUUGAUGCUGACCCAUCUAAGACAUCCCAGAGUAGAAGAACGUCAGAUAUCAUUUCAAUGCUUGUUAAUGUGUAUGGCAGCAAGGAUCUGUUUGUUAAUGAAUAUCGUACUCUUCUUGCCGACCGGCUUCUUAGUUCCUUAAACUAUAAUACAGAGAAGGAAAUAAGAUACUUAGAAUUGUUAAAACUGAGGUUUGGGGAAUCCCAGUUACAUUAUUGCGAAGUUAUGUUGAAGGAUAUUUAUGACUCGAAAAGAAUUAAUACCUACCUCCAUUCUGAUUCAAACUUUAACCUUGACAAUCAGGAGUUUGCAAUAACAGCAAUGAUUCUAUCAGCCCAAUUUUGGCCUCAUUUCAACAAAGAAACUCUUGAAUUACCAGAGUUUGUUCAAGAACAUCUAAACACUUACACUAAAGCAUUUGAAACACAGAAGGGUAACCGAACUUUGAGUUGGAAACCACAACUUGGCUCUGUAAACCUUGAUAUAGAACUGAAAGACCGCAAAAUUAAUCUCACUGUUUCUCCAAUUCAUGCAACCAUCAUUUGGCACUUCCAAAGCAAAAAUCAAUGGACUAUUGAAGAACUUAGUCAGAUAAUGCAUGCCCCAGCUACAUUAGUGAGAAGGAAGAUCACUUAUUGGCAGUCUCAGGGCUUUUUGCAUGAAAUUGCGCCAGAUUCCUUCGAACUUGUUGAAGAGAGUGGUCCACGGGUCAAGGGUCACAUUCCAUCAGACAUUGUGUGCGAUGAUGAAGAAACUGAAAGUGCAAUGGCGUCAGCUCAAGAACAACGUGAAGAAGAACUUCAGGUCUUCUGGUCAUACAUUGUUGGAAUGCUUACUAAUUUGGAUUCAUUGCCCUUGGACCGAAUCUUACAAAUGUUGAAAAUGUUUGCUUUGCAAACGCCCACAACAAUUGAAUGUAGCUUGCAAGAACUGAGGCACUUCUUGGACCGAAAAGUUGCAGAGGAGAAGCUGCUGUUUUAUGGAGGAGUUUAUCGCUUACCGAAAUCUUAAGAACAGAAUCAAUUCUUAAAAACAAUAAAUUGUGAUAAGUUUUUCUGUAAAUAGAAGGGUUAAGAGGUGGUUGAAUCAAAAACAAGUUUUUAAUUAUUAUGUUUGUACAGUUUUACAUUGUUUUAUACUACUAUAAAUCACAUAGGUAAUUUUGAUACCCUUCUUGAACUAUGUACAGUUUGUCAAACAAUGGUAAAAUAUCAAUCAAUCAAAUCAAAGUUGCUAUUGUGCAGAAAAUGUGUCAGCAAUUCAAAAUAAAAUAGUACAUGUGCUGUCCUACAAGAAUCUUUUUCAUAACUACCACAUGAUCCUGGUAAACAAUAAUUAAGUUCACUGGUGAAAGUCAAAGUGCAAUUGAAGAAUCAAGUUAAAUAAAGGUGGAACUGAAUCACAAACAAAA